UUUCCAGGGCCGAACCAGGAUGAGGGGGGGCGCGGGUCCUGGGCUUGGGUAGCUGGAGGCCCUCAGCUACAGCCAUGAGUGAAGGGGAACGGCGAGGGCCAGGCCGUGGGCAUCUUUGGGCGGUGGGUGGCUCCGAAGGGCUGGCGGGGCCGAGAGCCGGCUCCCGGUCGGGAAUCUGACCCGUGUCUUCCCCGAACUCGCAGAGCGGCGGGUCCUGUCCUCGCCAUGAGGCCGCAGCAGGCGCCGGUGUCCGGGAAGGUGUUCAUUCAGCGAGACUACAGCAGCGGCACGCGCUGCCAGUUCCAGACCAAGUUCCCCGCGGAGCUGGAGAACAGGAUUGAUAGACAGCAGUUUGAAGAAACAGUGCGAACUCUAAAUAACCUUUAUGCGGAAGCGGAGAAGCUUGGGGGCCAGUCAUAUCUUGAAGGCUGUUUGGCUUGUUUAACAGCAUAUACCAUCUUCUUAUGCAUGGAAACUCAUUAUGAGAAGGUCCUGAAGAAAGUCUCCAAAUACAUCCAAGAGCAGAAUGAGAAGAUAUAUGCUCCCCAAGGCCUCCUCCUAACAGACCCCAUUGAGAGAGGACUCCGAGUUUUUAGAUUGAAAUCACCAUCUAUGAAGACAGAGGUGUGAGCAGUGGAAGAUAAACCAUAGAAUUAAAGAUCCCGCCUCCAGCUGGGACCUUCGUCUAUCCACUGGCCGAUGGCAGAGUGUCCCUACCUCCUCUCCAGAGCGUUAUUCUCUUGUAUCUGCUGCCAGAGCCACGGUGCCACACCUGGAGUGACUUCUUGUCACUCAGCAUCCACUUCGUGUCUCCCAAUUGUGUAGGACUCUGUAAUCUUUUGAUUCAUUUCCAAGAAAAUACAAGGAAGCAUUCACUUUUUAAAAUUCAAAGCCAUUUAAAUAAUAAGCAGUUAGUCAGCUCAAGACAAAGUCUUUUUCUUAACUGACAUCAGUAUCAUUGAUUCUAUUCAUUCCUUGGGCCAGUUCCCCAAGUGGCUUUAUAAUUCAACAUGUCAUGUCUUAACGCAGUUACUCCCCUAGAUUAGUGACAGGCUUUGAGGGUGUGUCACACCUCUGGUUUGGCUAAUGCACCACCCAGAUCUCCAAAAGCUGCCGGUCUUGACGUGAUUCCAAUCUCAAGAUUGAUUUCUGCUGUUCAAUUUCAGAAACCGAAGCUCCCUGAGAGAAUAAUAUAUGUCAUUUGUUUUAGUAUUGCAGUUAUUAUUAAAGCAGUAUUUAAUGCAAUUCAGGUUAUUUCUUUGAAAGCAUUUAUGUUAAUGUGCAUUACCUCGAAAUGUGGGGAAGAUGUGUGUGUUGCUUGUUCGUUACACAAAUAAGUAAGCACAAUAAGUAGAUGCUCAGCCAUCAGAUAUGCCUGUCCCUGCUCUGCCCCAAGUGUGUAAUAAGCAAGUGUCCUAAUAAGCAAGUGACAUUUAACUCUAGUUUUGUUACAAAUAUAACUUAGGAGAAAAAGUUGAUAGGAAUUAUACUUUAUGUUGCUAAUUUGUAACCUACUCAUAAACUGAUUCAUAGCCUCCUCACAUACAGUAUUCAGGGCACAGAAAUCUUUUGAUUGACUCAGUAAGUUCUGGCUUCCACAUUAAACUUGCAAGUUCAAGUCCACUUUUCCUAUACUCUUAGUAUUGGAAUUUCUUAUGUCCUUUCUUUUAGGAGUUGGAGAGCACUGUAUUUGGGAGAAAGAUAAGAAAUCUAAGAAAUGAACGAAGCAGUUAAAAGUUUAACUUUUAGAGAUAUUGUAGGUGCUAAUACUGGAUUUAAUCUUUCAGAUUUAAUUUGUUUUCUGGGCCUUGUAGUUAUUUAGUAAACUCCCAUAGAUCUGUGUAAUAAUUUAAUUGUAUAAAACUCAUUUGUUCCUUUAAAGCCUAUAUUAGUCUGUCUGCCUUUUAAACUUGUUGCAAUAACUUUGCUGAAAUAUUAACACAUUAGUAAAACUUUUCUUAAAUAAA